UUAUCUCUCUAGUAAACUUCACCUUGUAAUGUUUAUAAGUUCAGCUUUUGAUCAACAAACAGUUUGAAACAAACAAAAAAAUGGGGAAAAAAGGUUACUUGGCAAUGAGGGAAGCUGAAUUAGCAAGUGACUUGUUGUCUUCUGAUAUUCAAGAUUUUCAGAUUGCUGCUAAGAAGUUAGCCAAUCAUGUUAUCACACUUGGCGGCUUGGGUUUCGGAUCUUUAUUUCUUGAAUGGCUUGCUUCUUUUGCUGCUAUUUAUUUGUUGAUCUUGGAUCGAACAAACUGGAAAACAAAUAUACUCACUGGCUUAUUGAUCCCUUACAUUUUCUUCAGUCUUCCUUCAGUGGUUUUCAGCCUUUUCAGAGGCGAUGUCGGGAAAUGGAUCGCGUUCGUUGCGGUUAUAUUGCGUCUUUUCUUCCCUAGUCGAUUCCCAGAUUGGCUGGAAUUACCGGCGGCUCUGAUAUUAGUGAUAGUGGCUGCUCCGGGAUUGUUUGCGAACACUAUAAGGGGAAACUGGAUAGGUGUGAUUAUAUCCCUUGCCAUUGCUGCUUAUUUGCUACAGGAACAUAUUCGUGCAUCUGGCGGAUUCAGAAACGCCUUUACAAAACCUCAUGGCGUAUCAAACACCAUUGGUAUUGUCCUUCUGUUUGCUUAUCCUGUCUGGGCGUUGGUCAUUGAUUUCCUGUAAGCAGACCCCGGAAAUCGCCUCGACAUUGGUUGAGCUUAUCUCGGUAGCUUAACCUGUUCGAGACUUGAACAUUCAUUGCUGUGUUAUUAAUAUGUUGGCAUUGGGUGUAUAUAAUUUGUUUGCUUGAAUCUUGAGACAUUGUGCUCAUUCUUAGUCCUUAGCUGUUGUACUAAGGUGUCAUUUAUUGUAUGCAUUUGAUUGAAGAAGUUGUUGAUUGAAUAUAUUGGACUGUGUUGCCAAUGUAAA